AAGAUGUUGAUGGUGGCCAAGCUGCCUGUCUACAGGCUCAACAGGCUGUCUAUUUUGAAUCUUUUCUGUUUUCUGUUAUAAUUUGAAUUUUAACACAACAAAAAACAGUUAGAUAAAGUGGAAUUUAAAAUGAUUUGUGAUUAUAUUUUAAAAGAUCUUCCAUCAUAUCUAAAAGAUCUGCUUUCAGAUACUGAUUUAGAUAAGGUUCAGUUAGUUUGCAAAAAGAAAUCAUUGAAUAAUGAAAAUGAUUUUACAGAACCAGUAUCAUCCAUUUGCAAGGAAGAAAUUGAUAGUGAAAUUAAAUUAGAUGUAACAGGGAGUCCUUUAAAAGUAACUUUGUCUGGAAACGAGUCACUAAACGUAGAUGUCCGAAUAGUUCAGACUUGGACAGAGUUAGAGGCAAAACAAAUCCCUAUGACCAUACAAGAAGCAAGAAAUUAUUUAAACAGUAGACAAACAAGAAAUGGAGGAAACCUUCCGGUUUUUGUAAUAUGUGAUGGUUGUAACCCUUUAAAGACUGUUAUCUUGGGCAUGCAGGAACGUAGGAAUGAAAUAUUCACUUGCACGGUAAACAUACUUGGAUGUUUCUCUAAAUCAGAUGAAAAAGUGGCUCUCAGUGCAAUGGAAAAAAGUCAUCUACUGCUAACCAGAAGCCGAAAGUGUAAAAUAGAUUAUAUAGUUACAUUUAAAUAUUUUAUUUUUGGAUCAUUUUUACAAAACGUUAAGGACAUUUAUAGUUGUGAAGAUUCUGGUAGUGUAUGUAUAGAGACAAGUGUUAACAAAAAAUGUGCUUUCGAUAAUCCCUGCACUUUACCUGAUGUGAUGAAAAUAAACGUACAAGUUAUCACUGGGCACAGAAACUCUUCAUUAUUUUUUCUGUGGGAUGAUUUAAUAUUAUUAAAUAAUUAUAUUAAACUUACAAGCUCUGUCAAUAAAAAAAAUCCUGAAGCAGAAAUAUGUAAUAAUCCUUUGUCAAGUGAAGAUGUUUAUAAUAACUUAAAUGAUAUUGUGAAUACGAGCCUAGUAAAAAGGGAACUAAAAUCAGAGUUCGGAUUAAACAAUAUGAGAUUACCCAAUAUCAUAGAUAAGCUGUGGAGUAUUUUGAAGAAUUGUCAAGAUUUGAGAUUUCUCAGGGAGGCUUUUCACUUCUUUUUUGAGGAACUUGCUGAAUCAACGUCAAAUGUCAGACUUCCACCAGAUAAUACAUCGAACAUGGCAUUCAUAAUAAAUGGUAUUUUGGAUGGAAAACUAGCAGUACCAACAAUUGACUGUGGACAGGCCUUGGAAUUCUUAAUCGAGAUAGUAGCGGAGAAACUUAAAAAUGAUUAUCAAUCAAUACUAAAAAAUUUCUGUGUAUCACUCUCCAAAGUAAUUUCGUCAAAAUGGAAAGAACUUGAAGACAAGUUAUCUGUAGAAGAAACUCACAGAAAGACCAGAAUAACACAUGUUUUAAAAGAAGAUAAAAUAACACUCAAAAAUUCAUUAGCAAAAUUAGAAUUUUUAUCCAGGCUUCAUAUUAUAUCAGAAUUUAUUUAUUUGGUAAAAGAUGGAGCGUUCUUUCCAGAAAAAACAUUUGGGUAUUUUUGUGAGAAGGUCUGCAAAGCUUACUUAGUUGAAAAUGUUGCAUUACCUGAAUUUAAAAUUUUAUUAGAAAAACCUGUUUGUAAUUUCAGUAUGGAAAUUAAUAGCUCAGAUAACGAUAUUGUUGAAAAAAAGAUGACACCUGAUUUUUGUUCUGUUAAGAUGACAUCCAUAAAAGAUAACUCAGAGACUAAAACUAUAUAUUUAUUAUCUAAAAAUAAGAUUUUUCCUCCAAAUGUGUUUGAUGAUUACGAUAUUGUUGAAAAAGAAGAAAGUAUGCUUUAUUAUGUUUAUAAAAUGGAGAGCAAAUGUGUCAAAAUUUAAUUGUUUUUAUUCAAAACUUAGUAUUGUUUUUUUGUAUCAGUUUUUAUUUUUAUAUUUCUUAAAACUAAAUUAAAACAUAUAGAUACUUUUAAAUUA